AUGAAAGAGAUCAGCAACAAGAUAAACUUCAGACCCCACCAUCCAGAAUGCCAUGUCAAGUACCCUUCAUCAUACCAACAAAUUGUAGAGCAAGGAAAGUAUGUGCCUGUCAAAACGAGCACUAGCCCCGCCGCCACAUCUAGCCCCGCCGCUGCAUCAAUCGGGCGUAAAGAAUCACAAAUCAGUUUCGGGUCUCUCUUCCCGUUGCCGCAUCUAGGCUCGCCGGAACAGCUCACAGCGCCGGAUUCAGAGCCUCAGUCCAUCAUUGACCCCCACCAUGCUCCUGCCAAUCUCUCGCCGGAGCUCUUACAACUCGUCUCAAACCCAGAAUUUCGCAAACUUUUUAAGGAAUUUUAUGUCAGAAAUCCUCAUUUGGAAGAUACUGAAAAUCCUCGUGCGGUGGCCGGAACUAGUCUUAUCCACCACUUUGCGCCCGAGGCUUCGAGUGGUUCCGUCGAACCGGCUGUGACCAAGAUUCCGCAUGGGCUCGCUCACCAACCCGCUGUGACCAAGACUCCGAAUGAGGUCCCUCUUGGGCCGAAAGCAGAAAAUAGCGUCCAAAAAAAUGGACACAUCGAACCAUCGAUCGUGUUCGGAUCGUAUGCUCCAUCGCGCAAGCUCGGGCCGUUGGAGAAGACGACCUCCGCCGGAAUUUCAGAGGCUGCUCUUGGAGGUUUACAGUCGGAACUUCCGUCGUCAGAUUUGCCUUCGCCGGUCAACCCGACCUUCAUUAUGGGAAACGGCGCCUCAGAGGACUCGCUGUCGGAGAUGCCUUCGGCGGUCAACCCGAGAUCGAAUCUGGGAAACGGCGCCUCAGCAGACAAAAACCCUCAGCUUCUCUUACAAGUUGAACCAAUUCUGACAAAUCACGGGAAGAUAAGUCCACAUCUUGGCCAACCCAUCUCAUCCCAUUUGGGCCUAAUUCCCUCCCAACUCAUGAGCCCGCCUCCUCUAAUCCUCAGCCCACCAGUAUACUUCACAUUUCCCCCUUUUUGGGCCUACCGAUUGCUCGUCGUACAAUCUGAGUGGUCGACGAAAGCGGCGGGAAGGUUCAGUUUGAAGUACCUUGGGGAGAGAUAA